CCACCACCCCGACCCCCAUGUCGGUGGUGAAGUCAAUCGAACUCGUGCUGCCCCAGGAUGCAGUCUACCUGGCUGGCUCCAGUAUCAAAGGGCAGAUGGUACUCACCCUGAACAGCACCCUGGUGGACCCCGUAGUAAAGGUAGAGCUCGUGGGAAGGGGUUACGUGGCGUGGAAGGAAGAAAUUGGGGCCGCCCGCGAUUACAGCAGAGAUGUUAUUUGCAACAACAAGGCUGACUACGUGCAUAAGACAAAGACGUUCCCGGUGGAGGAUAAUUGGUUAGGUGCAGGCAGCCACACCUUUGACUUCCAUUUCAACUUACCUCCCAGGCUCCCUUCCACCUUCACCAGCAAACUCGGCCACGUCUUCUACUAUGUGCAGGCCUCCUGCGUGGGCCGGGAGCACAUUCUAGCGAAGAAGAGAAUGUACUUGUUGGUUCAAGGGACUUCGGACUUCCACCGAGAAAGCCCGUCGUCGCAGAAUCCUCUGAUCGUGGAGGCUGAGAAGAAGGUCUCCUACAACUGUUGCAGCCAGGGGACCAUCUCCCUCCAAAUCCAGAUGGAAAAGAACACCUUCGCGCCGGGGGAGAGGGUCGCCUUCACCACGGAGGUCCACAACCAGACCAGCAAGUGCAUCAAGACGGUCAUCGUGGCCCUCUACGCCCACGUGCGGUACGAGGGCUUCACGCCCAAGGCCGAGCGGCGCUGGCGGGUGGAGAGCAGCGAGCUGCUCCGGCAGGAAGCCAACACCCCGAUCACCCCCUUCGACACCACCACCAUCGUCAGCGCCUUCGGCCUCCCGCCGGUGUUAUCCGUGAGCGGCGGCCCCGGGGACGGCGAGAUCAUGAGCGCCCACUAUGAGCUGGUGGGCACCGUGCACCUGCCCUGGUCGCUGAGCAGCGUGAAGGUCAAGGUGCCCAUCACCAUCGCCAGCGCCCCCGCGGACUCGGACAGCUGCCGGCUGCCGGAGGGGGGCCUGGGCCCCGCGAGCCAGGAUUGCCCGAGUUAA